AUGACUAAGGCUGCCACUAAAGCAAAACAGCCUGGGUGGCAGCAGGCCGUGAACUUCAGCCGCACCUCACCCGCUCGGCAGGAAGAAGCCUCUCAGGAGGAGGUGCUGUCAGGAAGACACUCGCACGAGCCGCCCGGGGCGGCAACGGACCUAAAUUCCAAGCCCAGCCCUGACCAGGGCUCACUUCCUGUGGAAGCCACUCCACGAGCGCCCGGGGGCUGCAGGGCCACAAUCACCCGCCCGCGGGAAGCCCGAGCGGAGCCUCUGCCUGGGGGCGGCUCCGUGGCUCCGCCCGGCCGGGCCCGCGGCCAGCACGGACGUGGCUCUGCCGGUGACAGCACCUGCCCCGCCGCGGGGGCGAGGGGAAGGCUCCCGCCUGCGAGACACCUUCCCCCGCAGCCCCAAAUCCCGCCGCAAAACGGAGCCAGGGACCAAGGCCCCCCGGGACAGGGCCGAGCUUUCGGUUACCGCCCCCCCGCCUCACCACGCGCCCGCAGCCCCCGGUUACCGGGCGGCGCUCCCCGGGAAGCGGCCCCGCCCCCUCCCGCCUCGCCCCGGGGCGCGGGCAGGGGCGGCCCCGGGCCCGCCCCUACCUGUGGGCAGCGGGAGGGGGCGCGGGAAGGCGCGGGGCCGCCGCCAACCGCCACCAACCGCCGCCGCCCUCCCGCUCCGUCCCCGCGCGACGCCGGAAGUGGCGGAGGGGCGGCUGGGGUCAGCGCGAACACCAAGCGCAUCGACCACUCACUCACUCGGCACUCAUCUAGCCGCCCUGAGGUCCGCCGGCCUUGUCGCCCUGCCUCGCUCGCCCCACCCCCCACGGGGCGGGGGUCUCCCCCGAGAGGGCGGGGCCUGCCUCGAGAGGGCGGGGUCUACAUAGAGGGGGCGGGGUCUGCGCCGAGGAGGGCGGUGCUGCGGGGGGGGGGGCGGCGGCGGCGCUGCCCGCGCUCCCCCGCCCCUCUCCGGGAGGGGGCAGGGGGCUGCACCCCGUUCCGAGCCACGGUGCCCCAGGGGGCUCUCCCGAAGGCCGCCUCCCGCUCCGGCAUCUCCCGGAGCUUCCCGGGCCGUCGCUGCAGGGUCUCCCCAUUGCCUCGCUGUGGUUUCCCCCGCGGCGACGGCGAGCGGGGAGGGGCGAGCCCCAGUGAAGCGGGACAGGUGUGGGGGGAGAGGCCAACGGCCGCCGGCGCCAUCGUGGGCGACGGGCCCGGCGGCAGCUGCGCAUGCGCGGAAGCGUCCUGCCCUGUAUAUAAUAAAAAAUACAAAAUUUUUAUUCGUGCACUUUYUGUGGUGUCUGGGAAGUUCAAAUUCCUGUUCACAGUAUUGUAG